AUGGAUUCUCAAUUGCAGAGUGGCAGCUCUGCUGCUCUUUCCUUGCUUACCUUCCGCAACUUGUUUCUUGCUCUCGUAGCAUAUGUUUUUGCUCGUGUUUUGUAUCAGAUCGUUUACUACAGGUGGUUUCACCCUCUGUCCAAGUUCCCAGGCCCAUUCUGGGCAAGCGUCACAAGACUAUGGAUCGCGUUAGUAUCGGCAUUCUUCCAAGGAUCCUGUCCCAUCAUCCGAGUCACUCCUACUCUGCUGCUGGUCAGCGAUGCUACGAAGUUACCCGAGAUCUACCAUCGUUACGCAGACAAGUCGAAACACUACAUCACCGGAAGUUUUGGAAAUUACGAAAGUCUGUUCAACAUGCAAGACUCGAAGACGCAUGCUCGCUUCAGAAAAGUAGCUGCUGGAUCUUACAGGUACUUUUCCAACAUCAAGAAGAUGGAACCAUUGAUCGAUCUCCGUAUCAAUGACUGGAUCAACGAACUUCGCACUCGCUUCGCAAACACUGGUGAAAAGUUGGAUUUCGCUCCUUGGGCUGUAUACAUGGCAUACGAUGUCAUCUCCGAAGUUGGCUUUGGUGCUCCCUUUGGCUUUAUAAAGUCUGGUUCGGAUGUAGCUGGCUUGAUCAAAGGUCUCCAUGAGGGUCUUGUUCCUUUUGGACUUAUGGCUCGUCUCUAUCCUUUUACUGGUUGGAUCAAGCGUACGGCUUUUGGCGACAAGUAUCUUGUUGCUAGACCAGAGCAGGAGUCUGGUAUUGGUACGCUUAUGCGUUUUCGUGAUAAGUUGAUUGAGCAGAGGAGAAAGGAUAUUGAGGCUGGCGACACAAAUGGCAGGAUUGAUCUGCUGCAGACAACCCAGNNCUUCAUCGACGCUCGCGACGAAAAAGGCGAACCCCUCGACCCGGAAUACAUCAGAGCCGAAAUCCUACUCGUGCUGCUCGCAGGCGCAGACACCACCGGCACAGCCUUCCAAGCCCUGAUGCGCGACAUCCUGACCCACCCCUCCGUCUACUCCACUCUAAUGGCCGAACUGGACGCCGCAACAGCAGCAGGCCACCUCUCCUCCAUGCCGCAAUACCACGAAGUCGUCGAACACUGUCCCUUCUACAUCGCCUGCAUCAAAGAAUCCAUGCGCCUGACUCCCUCAGCACCUAAUAUCUUCCCUCGUGUGGUUAGCAAAGGUGGCAUGACGCUUUUCGAUCAACAUAUCCCGGAAAACAUGGAGGUGUCUUGUAACCCAUAUAUCGUCCACCGCGACCCUGCCAUUUACGGAUCCGACGCUGAUGUUUUCCGUCCCUCCCGCUGGCUCGAAGACGACGAAAAGACGCGCUUGUUCAACAAAUACAGUCUUGGGUUCGGGUAUGGUGCGAGAGGAUGUCUCGGAAAGGAAAUCGCGAACAUGGAAUUAUACAAAGCUCCAUUGCAGUUUUUGAGGACGUUUAGAUUGGAGGUGGAGGAUAAACAACAGCCUGGCAAGUAUGUGUACAAGGGUGGAUUGAGCUAUUUUACGGAUAUGUGGAUGAAGAUUGAGGAGAGGGAUGUUGUUGAGAAGUAA